AUGGAACCAUCAUUACGUCCCAAAAACGUCCUCGACAUCGGCAUACACUCAAAUCUCAUCCUCUUCGAAGGCGCAAGCCCAGAAGAGCGAAAGCACUACGAGCUACCGCACUGGCUCUUUCACAACUUCUGGUUCCGCAUAUCCUUCCGGGACUGGAAUCUCCUUUGGGACAAGGACAGCCGUGGGAACGGGCUAUAUUCCUGGGACAAGCCUAGCCUCGGUCCAAUCAUCGCCUACUGCGGUGGUCACCUUCUCCACAGAUCUCGACGCCAGUCGGAGCAUCCCGUCGCUACAGCUGCGGCCUCGUCGAACAGCCCAACAAGUACCGGAUUCGUGAGAGGUGUCAACAUUGGAGGCUGGUUACUUGUUGAAAAGUUCAUGAAUGGUGAUGACCUAUUUACCGGCAUCGGAGAAGACGCGGUCGAUCAGUGGACGUUAGAUCAAACCAGUGGAGCCGCCGCUGCUCUGCAGAAACACUGGGACACUUAUUUCACCGAGGCAGACGUUCAAACUCUUAAGGGUUACGGCAUCAACGCCCUCAGAAUCCCUAUUGGCUUUUGGGCUUAUGACAAUACUGGCACACCAUAUGUUUCUUACGGGAUUGGACAGGGGGCAGAUUCUUACCUCGAAAAGGCGAUAGGAUGGGCUCAAACUGCAGGCCUUAGGGUCUGGGUCGAUUGCCAUGGUAGCCCGGGCAGUCAGAACGGCUACGAUAAUUCUGGUCACAAAGGAGACGUCGAGUGGCAACAAGGCGACAACCUCGCCAAAUCGAUUGCGGUCUUAACUACCAUGGCCCUAAAAUAUGGCUCCAAAGAGUACAGCGACACUGUCAUGGGUAUAGAGCUUGUCAACGAACCAAUAUCGUGGGGUAAUAACACCCUCAGUACCACCCAAACAUGGGCCCAAGAGGCGUACCAUGCUGUCAAAGGCAAUUCUACCAAUGAGAAUUUGAUGGUAGUCAUGCAUGACGCGUUUGCCCCUAACGGUCCAAGCGAUUGGACCACCAUUGCCAAGUCUCUAGGCCCAAGAGGAGUCUUUGGAAUCGACACACAUAUGUAUCAAACUCUUGUUGCUGCAGACAUCGCUCUUACACAAGCUGAGCACAUCACUACAGCGUGUCAACGAGGCAUGGCACUCAAGAGCGCAAAUGUAUUGGCUCCGGUCUACGUGGGCGAAUGGUCUUCAACGACGAAUGCCUGUAUCAACCCCGACGGAACCAGUACAGCUGGCACUUGCAGUACUGAAGGAUGUGUAUGUGUGACUGACCCAAUGGAUACGUGGACGGAUGUAGUGGUGGAGGAAGUCAGGAAAUUCGUGGAAGCACAACUUGAAAGCUUCGAGGCUAGCACGAGUGGUUAUAUGCUCUGGAGCUGGGCGGAUGAUGAUAUGGGGACGUGGUCCAUCAAAGACGGGAUCAACAAGGGAAUUAUUCCAAACCCAUUAGAUGACCCAAGUCAACGCAAAUAUCCAGGACAAUGCAGCUCUUGA